UGCUAACGUUAGCCCGAAAUAGCCAAACUUCAGAAAACUAGCAGAAGUCCUCCCAUGUGAUACUGACUCUCCAGCCAGGGGAUUAUUUAGCGCUUAAUUCGUCCUGACAGGAGCAAACACGAUGCUGGAGAAGCUCAGUUUGACCUGCGACAGACUCCUGUCACACCGGCAGCUCGCGUGCUGUCACGGUUAUUGUGGUGUUCCGGUGCACGGCAAGGACAUGCUGGUUUACUGUCAUGUUGACACAGAGAAGAAGCCCCUGCUGCUUACCGGCCACCAUGGGGAGAUAUGUGCCAUGACUUUUGGAAAAGGAAGCAGACCUGUUCUCCUCUGCUCUGCGUCUGCUGAUUAUGUCAUCGUCUGGGAUAUUGAAAGGAGCCAGAGGAGAACACAGGAGGGGAAAGUUGCAGCUGGAAUAGUUAUCGGGUCUUUGCUGGGGGAAGUUGUCAACCUUUCGUUCUGUCUCUCUGAUGAACGAGUGGCUGCAUGUUCAGGAUCAACAGUAUAUAUUCUCAGCUCUAAGAAACAUGAAGUGAUCUCUUCUUUGAAACGCCAUCUUGCACCCGUUACUUCAGCAGAAUUCUGUCCCUGGAAUAAAGACGUUCUGGUCACCACGUCAGAGGAUCGCACUUUUAAGGUGUGGGAUUUAAAAACUGAAGCUGUUUGCUACCAGUCUUCGGUUCUUUCAGCCUCUCCACUGCUGAGCGUGUUCUUCUUGGAGGAGAACAGGCACUUUAUCACAGGCUCAACUGAUGGACAGCUGUGGUGCUUCUCUCUCCCUGAUGACCACAAGUGUCACCUGGUGACCAAAAUGGACAUUGAAAAGAUGGAAAAAAGAUAUCAAAUCCACCACGGGACUGUGAGCCAUGAAGAAGGGGUCACAGAACAAUCGUCUGAAGAAAAUAUGGAGACUUCAAAACCUGUCCUCAAAAUGGCUUUAUAUAGCUUAUUUACUGACGACAGCAAUGAGCAUUCAAAAGACAACAGUCGGAUAUGUAUUGGAAGCACUGAUGGCCUGUAUGUGGUGGAUCUUGCUUCCUCAGAACUCCUAACAGCAAUAUACUUCAAAGAUUUUACCAACUUGAGCAUCACAAUGGCGGGUUCAUGGACAAUCUCUCGAGAGUCGGAUAACUCUAUGUUUUUGUUAGUGAGCUCUUUGUUUACUCCAAGUGUAGUCCUGUUGGAGUUAAUUCUGUGUGACCACCAGGGGACCCCGCCAUGUGGGAAUGGCUUUUCAGUGUUUUCAAGUUCUCCUCCACUGCCAGAGUCUCCUCUGAAUGCCGAGUUAAAGAAGAGGGAGGCCAUGAAUCCAAAAAAGAAAGGAGGCAUAAAGGAGCAGCCCCUGGUUUUCCACUCCAAAGUGAGGUCAUCUGGAUAUACCAGCACCCCAAGAAGGAAAAUGUUUUCACCUAAAACAAAUGUUCAGAAGAAUUCUUUCUCUAAAAAGGCUCACAAAAAGACUGGUUUCCUUCUCAGAGAUUAUCCAGCAGACAGUGCAGCACCUUCUGUUCCACACAGUCAUCAACGCACUGGCAACAAACCAGUCAACUGCCUCCAGUAUUCAGGUGACGGAAAACAGAUCCUGUGUGGUCUUGGCGACAGCUCUGUGUUAUUGUACAAGUCCUCCCUCACUGGCAAUCCCACUGUCUACACAGGACAUGACAAACCAGUGAGCAGUGUGAGCUGGAGCCUCAACAGACAAUGGUGGCUCAGUGGGUCAGAGGACCAAUCACUGCGGAUCUGGACCCAUGGCAGCCCAGAACCUGCCAUUAUUAUGGGCGAUGGUAUGUUCUCCAAGCCCAUUAGAAGUGCUCAGUUUUAUUACCUCGACAAAUUUAUUCUCCUGGCAUCAGGACCCUCUCUGUUCCUGCACCUGUAUAAUGUGGACGUCACACGGGACGACAUCAAAAGAUACCAUCAACGGAGCGCCGUCAAAUUGACAGGAAGCUUUACAACAACAGGAACCGACAUCACUGCCAUGUCUGCCAUCAAUGAUUUCUACUCUCACAUUGUUCUAGUGUGUGGUUUAGAUCGCUCCAUUCAAGUAUUUGAUAUGAACAAGGGUACAGUUGCCUCAGAGCUGCCUGAUGCCCACAGCAGAGUUGUCCACUACAUUACACAGAACAAGGGCUCCAUGUUCAGCACACAAGCACCGGAUUCAUACAACCUCUUCCUGACCAACGCAGUCACAGAUGGAAUGAAGAUUUGGGACCUCCGCACACUUAGGUGUGUGCGCCGCUAUGAGAACCAUCUAAAUCGCUGCCAUCCAUGCUCUUCAGCCAUCUCUCCGUGUGGUCGGUUCAUUGCCACAGGCUCUGAGGAUAACUGUGCUUAUGUGUAUGACAUUCGCAGCAGCAGCUUCCUUCACAAACUUCAGAGACACUCAGACACGGUGCUCAGUGUGACUUUCAAUCCAGCUACACCUGAGCUGCUGACUGGGACCCUGGAUGGAAAUCUGCGACUGUUUCAGCCCAGCAGUGGGGCGAGUAUUUCUCAUGACACAAGUGCUGCUGUGUAGAGCAUCUCCAACAUGACUGCUUAAUCACACCAGGCUCCAGCACAGACCAUGCAGGUUUCAUUAAAGCAGUUCCAACCCCACGGCUAGGAUUUUUACUGGGAGAGGAAAACAUGAAAGGUUUUGUUUUGAGUUGUUGGUUAAAAGAAGAUCAAAAAUAGAUACAAGUUUAUGGAGGGUUUGUUUUUCUUGGUUUAUGUGCUUAUUGUGUUCCCCUACUUCUUUGUUUCAAAAUGUUCAGAGGAGACACCCAUCUGAGCUCACUCCUCUCUGUUAAACUUCCAGUAUGUACAUCAUUGGAACACGAUUCAAAGAGAUGUCAGUUUGAUUGAACAUCUUUUCAAUUAACCACAUUAUUGUAAUUAUUUAAACAAUUACAGUCAAGAUGCACAUUACACAAGACAAUUUGAGCAGCUAUUAUUCCUAUCUGUUCCUCCACACUCUUAAUGGUCGGAUUUUGUUUGUUCAGUUCUUGUAACAGACGUGCGUUUAUUUCAAUGGUCGUUGCCGCAAUUUAACAGAUCAGCACACAGCCAUGACAUCAGCUGGGUGCAACCUCUUUAGCUGCCAGACUAACAGAUGCAACUACUGUUCAUACUGACACACCCGUCUACAUUGUUUGUGCUGUACAUUUACUCUUCUCUGCCUUAGUCUCAACAAAAAGCAAGCAACACUCAUCUGUUAUAUAAAAAAAGAAGGAUUCUGAUGGUUAGGUUUAGGAUUUAACAGGUCUACAUAGCUGCUAAUGUGUAUGCCAUGUGUAAAUAAACUGGUGCAGCAUGUUAUAUGUGACCUACAGUUCUUGUAAAGUGUCAGAGUGUUUUCUACAUACUGUGUAAGCAAAUGUUCUACUUGUGUGUUUAAGUAUAUUAGGUGUGCCUCAAAAUUCUACUCUGGGCCUACUUGUGUUUUUCAUUUUUAUUUAUUUUACAUGUUAUACUUUAUUCUUUCAUAGAUUAUCUAUAAACUUCCAGAGAUGUACCAAUCGACCAGCUGGUGACCUGACACUGAUCAGCUGUAAUCAGUCCUCUCAAAUAAAAAUGAUUCUGUGCCGAUCUCAGAUCAACAUACAAGGUACAAGUUUCAUGCCAUGUGCACAGCGACACUAACGCGACAACCACCAAUACACACACUAACAUAUCGGCAGAGUGGACGUGAGGUGCCCAUCAGCAGAGGUGAAAGAGUGAUGACAUACAGGAGGAUAAACAAAGACUGUUUCCUGGUACUUGCUCCUCUUGUCCAAAAGUACCUCUGACAGUUUUUGUAUCGCAUUCACACUGUCACUGCACUCACUCUCUCUCUCUCUCCUCAGGGCUGGGAGAGCACAGUAUGUUAAAGCAUUUAUAAUGUCUGGCAUUCUUCGGUUGAGGUAAUAAAACUUCAGCGUGUAAUUAAAACAUUAUACCUGCCAAGAGACUUACCACUUUUCAGGAAAUAUUAUGGAUUCAUAUUGAUAAUAAACCUCGACCUCGGCCCUUUGCAGCUUGACAUCACCCUUCCUCCUCCUCCCCAUAUUUCCUGUCUCUCUUCAGCUGUCAUAUCCUUUGAAGGCAAAAAUGCAAUAUUGGUAGAUUAAUGCUAAUUAAAUGCUUAAACAGCCAGGCCGUUAUUUAAGCCUGCUUGUCACAGAAUGUACAAUUAUAUGCAAU